CCAAUCUGUCUUCAAUCCAAAUAUUUGCGACAAUAAUGGCGGCGCCGGCAGCUCUUUUUCGCGCGGUGACUUCUCGGAGGUCUUGUAGUACCAUCGAAUUCUGUGUUUAGCGAGAAGAGCAAACACCAGCGCGUCCGUAUGAUGCGAAACUGAUAUCACUUUCCUGUGUAUAUAGAAUCGUGUCUGCGAAUAACGUAGACUGCCUGAGCCCGACUGCUCGCCAUGACUUCCAUCAUCAAGCUUCACGCCAUCUCCGGCGUUCAAGACGAAUCGCCUCAAUGUUACCUUCUACAAGUAGAUGAGUUUAAGUUUCUGCUAGACUGCGGUUGGGAUGAAUUUUUCAGCCUGCAGGCCAUCAAGGAGAUGAAAAAGCAUGCGAGCCAGGUGGACGCGGUGUUGCUAUCUUUCCCCGACUGCGGCCACCUGGGGGCGCUACCGUACCUCGUGGGGCAGUGCGACCUCAAGUGCCCCAUCUACGCCACGGUGCCCGUCUACAAGAUGGGCCAGAUGUUCAUGUACGACCUGUUCCAGUCCCGGCACAACAUGGAGGACUUCACCCUCUUCACGCUGGACGACGUCGACGCGGCGUUUGACAAGAUCAUCCAGCUCAAGUACAGCCAGACCGUGGCGCUGAAAGGCAAGGGCCAGGGCCUGUCUAUCACGCCGCUGGCCGCGGGCCAUAUGAUCGGCGGCACAAUCUGGCGUAUCGUCAAGGACGGCGAGGAGGACAUUGUGUACGCGGUGGACUUCAACCACAAGAAGGAGCGCCACCUCAACGGCUGCGUCAUGGAAACACUCACGCGGCCCUCUCUUCUCAUCACCGACGCCUACAACGCAAACUAUGUCCAGGCCAGGAGGCGCACCCGCGACGAGCAGCUCAUGACCAACAUCCUGCAGACCCUAAGGAACGGCGGCAAUGUUCUGGUGUCCGUGGACACGGCAGGGAGAGUUCUGGAGCUUGCUCACAUGCUGGAACAACUGUGGCGCAACCAGGACUCCGGCCUUAUGGCAUACUCGCUGGCGCUCCUCAACAACGUCAGUUACAACGUGGUCGAGUUUGCAAAGUCUCAGGUGGAAUGGAUGAGUGACAAGGUGAUGCGCUCCUUUGAAGGGGCACGCAACAAUCCGUUCCAGUUUCGGCACCUCCAGCUCUGCCACGGCCUCGCCGAGCUGGCACGCGUGCCUGAGCCCAAGGUGGUGCUGGCGAGCAUGGCGGACAUGGAGUGCGGUUUCUCCCGGGAGCUGUUUGUGCAGUGGUGCCGCAGCCCCAAGAACAGCGUGGUGCUCACCAGCAGGACCGCCCCCGGCACCCUGGCGAGGCAGCUGGUGGAGAACCCACAUCAGCAGACGCUCACCAUCAAGGUGAAGAAGCGCGUCCGUCUAGAGGGCUCCGAACUGGAGGAGUACAUGCGCAGGGAGAAGGAGCUGGCCGCGGCACGACACAAGGCAGAGAGAGACACGGAACUGGAUGCUUCAGACUCGAGUGAGGAGAGCGAAGACGACAUGGACGUGGAUGAGAAGAAGCCCCUGCCAGAACCCAAGGGGGAGGCCAAGUCCAAGUCGUUGGGGUUCUUCAAGCAAGCCAAGAAGUCUUACCUCAUGUUCCCGGUCAAGGAGGAGAAGAUAAAGUGGGACGACUACGGAGAGAUUAUUCGUCCCGAGGACUUCGUGAUGGUGGACAAGACGACACAAGAGGAAGAAGCAGACGACACGAAAGCAGACGACGACGACCUUGCCCAGGACGUGGCCGAGGUGCCCACCAAGUGCCUGGAGAGCACGCUGAGCCUGGAUGUGAACGCGUCGCUGCAGUACAUCGACUUCGAGGGCCGCUCGGACGGAGAGUCCGUGCGCAAGAUCAUCUCUAUGAUGAAGCCCCAGAGGGUGAUCCUGGUCAGGGGCAGCCCCGACGCCACCCAGGCCCUGGCCGCAUUCUGCCGGACCUCGGGCGCCGUCCAGGGGAGGGUGUUCACACCAAGGCCCGGGGAGGUGGUGGACGCCACGACGGAGUCGCACAUUUACCAGGUGAAGCUACGGGACUCGCUGGUGAGCUCGCUGCAGUUCUCCAAGGCCAAGAACGCCGAGCUCGCCUGGCUGGAUGGGGAGAUCAUCGCUGAAGAGCACCUGGCACCUGACGGUUCCAGGGAGGAUGCGCCAGACGUGGAAGAGUCAAGAGACAGCAUGUACAUACUCCAGCCGCUGCCUCCAAGUCAGAUUCCGGGCCACGCCACCAUUUUUGUGAACGAGCUGAAGCUGUCGGACUUCAAGCAGGUGCUGCUCCGCAACGGAGUCCAGGCAGAGUUCUCCGGCGGAGUGCUCUACUGCAACGGCAUUGUCGCAGUGCGGAGGAAUGAAGCUGGCCGGAUCAACAUCGAAGGCUGUCUGUGUGAAGACUACUUCAAAGUGCGAGAGAUCCUGUACAAGCAGUAUGCCAUCAUCUAACAUUAAAAACAGGGAAGAAAAAUGCA